GUAAGCAAAUAUACAACUCCUAAACAUAAAAAGAUAUUAAGCAUAAAGUUUUUUUUUCUUUUUUAUGAUGAUUACAUGAUUACAUAUAAAUGCAAGUCAAGAGACAAAUCUACAACUUGCAACACUAAUAUAUUUUAAAAAACUUAACUUCAAAAUCAAAAAACUAAUUAAAUUAUUUCACAAAAUUAUGGAAUAUAAAUCAACUUGGAUAUUAUAUAUUUGUUUUGUAUGUGUAUUGAUUCAGCAUAGCUCGGUUAACUGUACCACUCAGCACCGCGUACCACACACUAAUCUAACUGAUAAAUAUCUACGUUACGAUUUAAAAAAGUUGUUAUCAAUUGGUUGUGUUAAGGAUAUGGUGCGUUCCAAAAAUACUUUUGAUCAACAAGAGGAUAGACAAAAGAAAUUGCGAAGAUUUUGCAAACAUAAUUUUUCAAAUAAAAGUAUGGACGAGCACAUAAUCUACUCUGACAAAGAAAGCCUUCUUUACUGUUAUAUACCUAAGGCUGCUUGUACAACUUGGAAAAGAAUGUUUCAGUUAUUUGACGGAAGAAUGGAUUUAAAUCAAGUGAUGGCUGUUGAAAAAAAUGCAGUUCAUAAGCUUCACUAUGAUAAUUUUACGACUCUUGAUGCAUCGCAAAAAGCUUUCCGUAAGAAAUACUACUAUUCAUUUUUAAUAAGUCGCCAUCCAUUUGAAAGAUUAUUGUCAGCUUAUAGAAAUAAAUUUCAAGAUCCUUACACACCACAUUAUCAAAUAAAAUACGGUUCGGAGAUACUUCGUUUAUAUCGUAAAAAUCUGACGGAAGAACAGUAUUUAAAAGGGGAGGGUGUUACAUUUCGAGAGUUUAUCAGGUAUAUUAUAUCAGGAAAAAAGUUUGAUAAACAUUGGGGUCUUAUGACGCAACUCUGUUCUCCAUGUCACUUUAAGUACAAUUACUUAGGAAAAAUGGAAACAUUAUUUGAAGACGCCACUACAAUAUUAAAAAACGCUGGUAUUUCCCAAAAAUAUUCUUUUCCCAACAAUUCAAGAGAUCGCUAUCUGCCAAUUUCAACAUUAGACAUGAAAAGUCAUUAUACGAGUUUGAAGUCUUUGGAAAUAAGAAAACUAUACAACAUGUUUAAAAAUGAUUUUCUUGCUUUUGGUUAUAGCAUUCCACAUUACAUAAAAAAACUCAUAAAGAAUGUAGCAAUCAACCAGAAAGUUGAAAAUGACGACACGGAUUCAGUUGAAUAAAAUUUUUAAAAUUUGUAUUUAUAAUUUUAGCAAAAUACAUUUUAAAGUGAAUUUUUUAA